CUCUCUCUCUCUCUCUCUCUCUCUCUCUCUCUCUCUCUCUCUCUCUCUCUCUCUCUCUCUCUCUCUCUCUCUCUCUCUCUCUCUCUCUCUCUCUCUCUCUCUCUCUCUCUCUCUCUGCACGGUGCACGCGCGGACGCCAUGGACAAAGCUCCGGCGGCAGCAGCAGCCAACAACGUCGCCAAUCCUCCGGUGGCAGCAGCAGCCAACAACGUAGCCCAUCCUCCGGCGGCUGUGCUGCAGGUGGUGGUGAUAGCUCCUGCAGCGAAUGUGGUCGUCAAUGCACCAGCGAAUGUGGUCGUCAAUCCAUCAGCAGAGGCGGCGUCAGCGUGUGGAGCUGCGGCUUCUGCAGCGAAUGCCAAUGCCUGGAAGAAGAAGAAGAAGGACAAGUGUUGCAUGAUAUUUCUGGUCGUUGGGCAGACCUUCCUGGCUCUGCUGCUGGUAGCUCAUGCAGCGUACAAUGCGGCCAAUUCUCCGGCGCCGGGAGCAGCGGAUGUUGCGCUGCUGACAAUUUGGCUCAUCUGUCUGGCGUUGAGCGUUGUUAUGCUCGUGCUGCUGUGCAUCGAAAAGUAGAGAAUCUAUGUCACGUCUGGAGUAGAUUGCAGGAGUGCGCGCGCCACCCGAUCGAUGAGUACGACGGUAAAUAAGGUGGCGCAAGUGUGUGUUAAGUUAUCGUGUGUGGCCUGCGUGCCACCUGUGUGGAACUUAUAUAUAAGGCCCCGUUUGAUAGCUCAGUUUUUUUAAAGUACUCUAAGAAUAUUGCAGUUUUUAAGAUUACCACAGUUUUAGUUA